GUGGUUUACUCACUUUUAUGUGGUUUCUGUGCUCUGGAACGGCUUUCUCCUGAUCUGGCUUUUCCGAGCUGAGUUCCUCGGAGGGUCUCUCCCAUCAUGGAUUCAGCACGUGCACCAUGCUCUUGGCAGACAUUCUCAGAGUGAGGACAUAGAUAGUGAGCACUUCUCUGUGCUCCUGGUUCUCCUGCUGCUUUGGCUGCAUAGCUGUCGAAGACUUGCAGAAUGCCUCUGGACCAGCGUGUUUUCCAAUGGUGUCAUUCACAUCGUGCAGUAUUGCUUUGGACUUGGUUACUACAUCGCUGUUGGCUCAACUGUGUUAUGUCAAGUGCCUGCUAACAUCAGGAAUGGUAAGUCCCUGCUUAAGCUUUCUGUGCAGAUCUGCUGGUAUCACAUCGUAGGAGUUAUGAUGUACAUUUGGGCCUCUCUUCACCAACACAGAUGCCUUGUGAUUCUAGCUAAUCUUAGAAAAAGUAAAUCAGGAAAGGUCAUAAGUCUGAGCCACAGUGUACCUUUCGGAGACUGGUUUGAGAGAGUUUCUUGCCCUCAUUAUUUUGCAGAGCUCCUCAUAUAUGUAUCUAUGGCCGUCACACUUGGAUUUCACAACGUGACGUGGUGGUGUGUAGUGAUGUAUGUUCUUGUUAACCAGGCACUGGCUGCCGUUUUGUGUCACGAGUUCUACCAGAAAAAUUUUAGCUCCUACCCAAAGCAUCGAAAAGCAUUUAUACCACUUAUUUUUUAG